AUGUGGGCAGCCCAACAAUACAAAAUUCCGAUGAGCAUAUACAAUUACAGAUAUGCUCCGGCCGGCUCGGUUGCAUUCCAAAAGUUUGCAUCGUCGCAGUCGUUCAUCGGGGUCAACUACGGGACGAUCGCGGACAACCUGUCGCCAGCGGCGUCGACGGCCAGCCUGCUCACGUCGACGUCCAUCGGCAAGCUCCGCCUCUACGAGCCGCAGCAGGACCUCGUCGCGGCGCUCGCGGGCUCCAACAUCUCCAUCCUCCUGGGCGUCCCCAACUCCGACGUCCCGAGCCUCGCCGCCUCACCGGCCGCCGCGGCGUCGUGGGCCGCGGCGAACAUCCCCACCAUGGUGUCCGUCUCCGCCAUCUCCGUCGGCAACGAGCUCCUCAACUCCGGCGACCCCACGCUCGGCCCGCAGCUCCUCCCAGCCAUGCAGAACCUCCUCGCCGCGCUCCCCGCAGGCUCAACCACCAAGAUCUCGACGGUGCAUUCGAUGGCGGUGCUGGCGGCGUCGGACCCGCCGUCCUCCGGCGCGUUCCACAUGGACCUCGCCGGCAGCCUGGACCCGGUGCUGGACUUCCUGCGGCAGAACGGCUCGCCGUUCAUGAUCAACCCGUACCCGUAUUUCGCGUACGCGUCGGACACGCGGGACGAGACGCUGGCCUUCUGCCUGUUCCAGCCCAACCCGGGCCGCGUGGACGCCGGGUCGGGGCUGAACUACAUGAACAUGUUCGACGCGCAGCUGGAUGCCGUCCGGGCGGCGCUGGACGGCAAGGGGUACGCGGGCGUGGACAUCGUCAUCGCCGAGACCGGGUGGCCGUACAGGGGGGACGCCGACGAGGCCGGCGCCACGCCGGACAACGCCAGGGCGUACAACGGCAACCUCGUGGCGCACCUCAGGUCGCAGGUGGGCACGCCGCGGACGCCCGGCAGGUCGGUGGACACGUACCUCUUCGCGCUCUACGACGAGGACCUCAAGCCCGGGCCCGUGUCGGAGCGGUCGUUCGGGCUGUACCAGGCCGACCUCACGGCCAACUACGACAUCGGUCUCGCCAAAGGCAGCGCCAGCCCCAGCACGUCCGGCCAGAUCGGCGUCACCGCAACUCCGGCGCAGGCUGCGCCGCAGGCCGGGAGGGGGGCGACGCCGGCAGGGUACUGUGUGACGACGAGCACCGUGCCGGGGAACACGCAGCAGGUGCAGCAGCAGAGCAGCUCGUGCUACGUCCCGGGAACAGCAGCAUCGCCGAAAGGUGACGCCGGCGUGCUGCUGCUUGUCUUGUUUGGUGCUUUGCUGGGCCUGGCAAUGGUGGCCGAAAGUAGAUGA